AUGCCGGUGAUUAGCUGGCUGAAAGUGGGCAAACACACAGAGCUGAAAUGGUGCGAUGUGGUGGGCCAGUCCACUGCAGUGUGUUCUGGAUCAGCAGCCGCAGAACGCCAGAGUUUUCUGAGUCGCCGGUUGAAGGGCUCCAUCAAAAGGGCAAAGAGCCAACCCAAACUGGACCGUACCAACAGCUUCCGUCACAUGAUUCUCCCACGGUUCCGCAGUGCCGACCAAGAGAGGACUCGUCUGAUGCAGAGCUUUAAGGAGUCGCACUCCCAUGAGUCCUUGCUGUCCCCCAGCAGUGCGGCAGAAGCUCUGGACAUCACCUUGGACGAGGAUGCCAUCAUCAAGCCGGUCCACUCCAGUAUUCUAGGACAGGAGUACUGCUUUGAGGUAACCACUGCCUCAGGGACAAAAUGUUUUGCCUGCCGUUCUGCCGCAGAGAGGGAUAAGUGGAUCGAGAACCUUCAGCGGGCUGUUAAACCUAACAAGGACAACAGCCGACGGGUCGACAAUGUUCUCAAGCUGUGGAUCAUCGAGGCGCGGGACCUGCCGGCGAAGAAGCGCUACUACUGCGAGCUGUACCUGGACGACAUGCUGUACGCGCGCACCACCAGCAAGCUGCGCACCGACACGGUAUUCUGGGGCGAGCACUUCGAGUUCAACAACCUCCCGGCCACCCGCAGCCUCCGCCUGCACCUGUACAAGGAGACGGACAAGAAGAAGCGCAAAGAGAAGAGCACUUACCUCGGCCUGGUCAGCAUCCCCAUCUCCAGCCUCACCGGCCGGCAGUUUGUGGAGCAGUGGUACCCCGUCAUCCAGCCCAGCAUCCUGACCAAAGGGGGCGGCGUCGGGGGCGGCAAGAUCAUCAACGCCUCGCUGCGCCUCAAGUCGCGCUACCAGACCAUGAGCAUCCUGCCCAUGGAGCUGUACAAGGAGUUCGCCGAGUACGUCACCAACAACUACCGCACGCUCUGCACCGUGCUGGAGCCGCUGCUGAGCGUCAAGAGCAAAGAGGAGGUGGCCUGCGCCCUGGUGCACAUCCUGCAGAGCACGGGGAAAGCAAAGGACUUUCUGUCAGACAUGGCGAUGAGCGAAGUGGACCGCUUCAUAGAUCGAGAACAUCUCAUCUUCAGGGAUAACACUCUGGCCACGAAAGCCAUAGAGGAGUACCUCAAACUAAUCGGACACAGGUACCUCAAGGACGUCAUAGGGGAGUUCAUCCGCGCGCUGUACGAGUCUGAGGAGAACUGUGAGGUGGACCCCAUCCAGACUCCGCCCUCCGUGCUCCCCGACCGCCAGGCCAACCUCCGCAUGUGCUGCGAGCUGGCGCUCUGUAAGAUCAUCAACUCCCAUUGUGUGUUCCCUCGUGAGCUGAAGGAGGUCUUCUCCUCGUGGCGCGUGCGCUGUGCGGAGCGCGGGCGGGAGGACAUCGCCGACCGCCUCAUCGCCGCCUCGCUCUUCAUGCGCUUCCUGUGCCCGGCCGUCAUGUCGCCGUCCCUCUUCAACCUCACGCAGGAGUACCCGGGCCCGCGGACCUCGCGCACGCUCACCCUCAUCGCCAAGGUGGUGCAGAACCUGGCCAGCUUCUCCAAGUUCGCCGGUAAGGAGGACUACAUGUGCUUCAUGAACGAGUUCCUGGAGAUGGAGUGCGGCGCCAUGCAGCAGUUCCUCUACGAGAUCUCCAACAUGGACUGCGGCAGCAGUGCCAGCCCCUUCGAGGGCUACAUCGACCUCGGCCGCGAGCUCUCCGUGCUGCACAGCCUCCUCUGGGAGGUCAUGGCUCAACUCAGCAAGUCACAAGGAUUUUGUGCCUUGUGUCCCUCGCAGGAUGCCAUCCUGAAGCUGGGGCCGUUACCCCGGCUCCUAAACGACAUCAGCGUGGCCCUCAGGAACCCGCAGCUUCACCGCCAGGCCACCCAGCAGCCGGAGCAGAGGCCGCCCGACCGCCUGCUCACCCGCGCCGCCACCAGCUUCAACCACAUGGUCUCGUCCGACUUCCAGAGCCUCAUGAUGAGGGACCUCAACAGCUCCAUAGACAUCUCUCGACUGCCCUCGCCCUCCUCUGGGAUGCCCUCGGCCCUCGCCCACAUGGGCAUGGGCCCGUACGGCGAGCGGGACCACCGGGCGUCCUCCAAAGACCUGUUCUACGUGACCCGGCCUCCCCUGGCCCGCUCCAGUCCAGCCUACUGCACCAGUAGCUCGGACAUCACCGAGCCUGACCAGAAGGACUCGCGGAUGAACAGCAUCUCCAACCUGCACUCGGGCGACAUGCUCAACUCCUCGCAGGCCUCGCUGGCCGGCCUGGGCAGCUUCGGGGUGCUGCGGAGCGGAGGGCGCACGUCGGCGGGCUCGGGCGCGUCCAGCAUGUCGGGCGGCCUGCGCCUGAGCCACGCGGUCACUUCGGACGCCCUCUCGCAGCAGCAGCAGCAGCAGGCGGCCGCCAUGCACGUGCCGCUGGCCUUCCAGAACCCGCUGUUCCACAUGGCCGCCGCCGACGGGCCCCUGCUGCACCACCCGGCCCCGGGCCCCCAGCCGCACCCGCCGCCGCUCUUGCUCGCCCCCGAGCCCGAGAACGGGCCGCCGGGCUACAACAUGCCGGCGUUCGGGCGCGGCGGCUUCUCGCGCAGCGAGGACCACACGGCCAUGCGGCCGCAGAGCAGCCUGGUGCAGCCCAGCAUCAUCCACUCGCACAGCUACAGCGACGACUUCACGCGCCACAACCAGGACGCCGAGUACGUGCGCCGGCAGCUCUCUCUGCAAGUGCAGGAGAAUCUCCAGCAGCAGGUUCUGAUGGGCAUGGCCCCGUCCACGGCCACCGGCAUGGGCACGCCUGCCUCCGUGGCCACGCCCCCGACCACCAUGCACCCGGUGCGCCAGGCGUCCGUGUCCCCCCUGGCCCCCCCUCCGCCGCCGCGCGUCAAGCCCCAGCCGCCCCACCAGCUCUCCGUGGGCUCGGCCGCCACCUCCACGCCGCCCAAGGCCCGGCCCCAGAGCGGCAACCUGCUGCAGUCGCCCGAGUCCGGCUACGGGGGGCGGCCCCAGCCCCGGCAGCAGCUGUCCGUCAAGGACAGCCCGGCCCCGGGGCUCCCGCACCAGCCCAGCGUGCAGGCGCAGGAGCCUCCGGCCCAGGAGGGGGCGCCGGAGGGCACGGACACGCCGAAGAAGAACCAGACGGCCAAGUCUCCCCAGCAGCAGCUGCUUAAGCCGACCAACGCAAAGCCGGGCGCUAAAUCUCCGUCCACACUGACCCCGUCCAGUGCGGCGUCUGAGCGCACGGUGGCCUGGGUGUCCAACAUGCCGCACCUGUCGGCCGACAUCGAGAGCCUGCGCGUGGACCCCGAGUUCAAGCUGAAGGAGCACUCCAAGAGCAUGGACGAGUCCCGCCUGGAGAGGGUGCGCGAGUACGAGGACGAGAUCCACUCGCUCAAGGAGCGGCUGAUGAUGUCCCACCGCAAGCUGGAGGAGUACGAGCGCCGGCUGAUGUCGCAGGAGCACCAGACCAGCCAGAUCCUGCAGCAGUACCAGUGCCGGCUGGACGACAGCGAGAGGAAGCUGCGCCAGCAGCAGGUGGAGAAGGACUCGCAGAUCAAAGGCAUCAUCAAUCGGUUAAUGGCGGUGGAGGAUGAGUUGCGCACUGGCCCUGUGCCGGAGGUGAAGACUCGUCUGUUUCCUGAGCAGGAAGAGCAAUUCUCCUCUCUGGGCUCUGUGGACCCCUGCCUCGUGCCGGGGGGGAUCCCUGGUUCGGGGCCCUCGUCCCUGGGCACGUCCUCGGCGGGGUCCCCCUGGAACAGCGGCCUCCCCCCGCUGCCCCCGCGCUUGCUAAUCAGCCACAAUGGCGGCCUACCUUCGUCUGGCAUCGCCAUGACGGCGGGGAGCACGGCGACCUGGAACGCGGACAGAGCGCCCGGCUUCACCGGGGAGCGCGUAGCCUGA